CACUUUUUUAACAUACCCUAAAAAACAUAUCCCCAAAAAUCCAAAAGCCAAACAGUCAGAAAAAAGUCAAUCAAGAAACAAAGAAAAUUUUUAUUUCUCUUCUUUAUAAUUUCACAUUGGUUUAAAGGAGUAUGAUCAAAAGCUCAAAAGGGUCUGUUUGGAAGAGGAAAAACAAGGAGAAUAUGAUGAAUCAAGAAAAAGAUGAGAAGCUAAUUACAAAUAGUAGCAAGAAGAUGAAGAAAAAUAUUAAUGGAAAAAGCAAAGGGGAAAAUGAAAAUUACCCUUUGCUUUGUUAUCAUGAAUUGCCAAAAUAUAUGAAGGAUAAUGAGUUUAUUUUGAAUUAUUACAGAGCUAAUUGGCCUAUUAAAGAAGCUUUUCUCAGCAUUUUUCGUUGGCAUAAUGAAACUCUUAAUGUUUGGACGCAUUUACUUGGAUUUAUUCUCUUUGUGGGAUUAACCAUAGUCAAUGUAGUGGAAGUACCUCAACUUGCUGAUUUCAUGACUAUGUUUAUUUGGAACUUUCCCACGAGUGGAGAUGCAAAUGUCUCCAAUAAUUCAAAGGAAUUUUUCCAGGGUUCAGGUAGACUAAUUGAUUUGAAGCAAGACCAAAACUUACAACUUGACAUAAUGUCAACACAGAGCGUACAAAGUGAAACAACAUGGCCAUUUUAUGUAUUCUUAGCUGGUUCAAUGUUUUGUCUUCUCUCAAGCAGCAUUUGUCAUCUUUUCUCUUGUCAUUCCCACAAGUUAAACAUCCUCUUGCUUAGAAUGGACUAUGUUGGAAUCACAGUCAUGAUAAUAACAUCAUUCUUUCCACCAAUUUACUACAUAUUCCAAUGUUCACAACAUUGGCAAAUUGUAUACCUAAGUGGUAUCACAAUUAUGGGAAUUUGCACUAUCAUCACUCUACUUUCCCCCGUGUUUUCGACUCAUAAGUAUCGAUCAUUUCGAGCUGUGUUGUUCAUGUCUAUGGGAUUCUUUGGUCUGAUACCUGCAAUCCACGCGGUAAUAUUGAACUGGGAUGAGCCUGAGAGGAAUGUCACACUAGCGUAUGAGUCCGCCAUGGCAUUAUCUUAUCUAAUUGGGACUAUGUUUUAUGUUACUCGAAUCCCUGAGAGAUGGAGGCCUGGAUUUUUUGACCUAGCUGGUCAUAGUCAUCAAAUAUUUCAUGUAUUUGUGAUCUUAGGUGCAUUGGCACACUAUGGUGCUGCUCAAAUUUUCUUGGAAUAUCGGAGUCGAUUGGGUUGUGACAAACCCUAGAUUACAAUGCACUAUGACCUAAUUUACCAACAAAAAAAAAAGGAACAUGAUUAUCAAAUUUAUUCUUUUUUAUGUUUGUAUUUUUAAAAUUGAUUUGAUGAUUUGAUGUAAGGUAUUGCGUUGUGUUAUAGAAGGGGUUAAUUUUUUUACCCUUUUAGCUAUAAUCAUUCAUUUGUUAUGUAAUGAAAUUAUAAUGUAUACAUUUUCAAAUUGGAUUGAAUGAACACUUA